AUGAGCUAAAGCUGCAAUCAAUCCAUCAAAACUAACAAAUAAGGUUUUAACAAAUAUUUCUGUUUCUUUAUCUUAUAUAAAAUCUUUGAAAUAGGGUAACUAUCUAACACUUUGAUCAUUUUGACUAAUUGUUAAUAAUUCUAAUCUAAGAUCUUUUUCUGGAAUGAAAUGCUAUUCUCCAUUUUCAAAAGUNAAAAGUAAGAAAAGCCUCCUGCCAAAAAUUAUUUAGACUUAUCUAAUAAACCUAUUCCUCUAAAUUCUACUUUGAUUCAUUUCGAAGUUUGUAUAAAUCGUUAAAAAUCACAUUAAUUUUGUACAAAACAUGAUGAACUGCGAUAUGCAAAAUUAAAUCAUGAAUUUAAGGAAGAUAACUUGCUUGUUAUUAUUAUAAAAUUCUCUAGUUGUAGAGGCUGCUAUUCCAAAUUCAUAUUGUGUAGUUAACCAUUAAAAUAUUAAGACAUCCAUAGGUGCGUUUGAAAUUACUCAUUUAAGUAAUACAUUUAUAUCUAAAAAUAAGAUCAAAUAAUUUACUCUAAAAAAAACACAGGUUUGUUUCCUGCUGUAGCUCCAACAGUAGAAAGAAUAAAAAGAUUUCUUAAUGAUCUAUAAAAUGGAAAAGACCAACUUUUUAAGCUUACAUGAAAAUGAAAGAAGAAGAAUUUGCCAAAUAAGAGGCAAUUAGAGAAGAAAAUGA